UAGGACCUCUACUCUCAAAUUCUCAAUGUCAAGUUGCCUUCAUUCUGACCCCGCUUGACCGGCUCUCUCUGCGUUCAAAUACACGUAAAAAAAUGGCGACGAAUUCACGUGGUCAUGGCGGCUGAUCACUACUUGAAAAAUACAACUGUCUAAACCUCCUCUUAUCUUCACUCGUAUGAUGGUUCAUAUAUAUAUGCGCAUUCCUCUGCUAACUAAUAGUGCACAAAUUCAGCAAAAACACUUCGAUUCUACUCCUUCAAUUAUUGCAUAUCAGACAGGGCACCAGUUUAGACAGGAAACUCCAUGGAAGCUAACAUUUCAACUCGUAUUUAAUUAUUGCAGAUCAGACAGGGCACCAGUUUAGACCUCGUUUUGAGUUACCGGUGAAAAGUUCACGCGUGCUACUAUCUCAAGUGUUUAAUAUCAUCCUCUAGGACCUCUACUCUCAAAUUCUCAAUGUCAAGUUGCCUUCAUUCUGACCCCGCUUGACCGGCUCUCUCUGCGUUCAAAUACACGUAAAAAAAUGGCGACGAAUUCACGUGGUCAUGGCGGCUGAUCACUACUUGAAAAAUACAACUGUCUAAACCUCCCCUUAUCUUCACUCGUAUUAUGGUUCAUAUAUAUAUGCGAAUUCCUCUGCUAACUGAUAGUGCACAAAUUCAGCAAAAACACUUCGAUUCUACUCCUUUCAUCACUUUCUUAGCUAGUCGACGACAUUGUUGCUGCUUCAAUACAUUCUUUCCACGGUCUACGUACUAUUUGUCAUCAGCAUGUAUCCAUCAAAGCAAGACACCGCUCAUGAGAUGAACCAAAAGCCAUCACCUCCCUUGCCACCAGUACCGGUGACCGGCCAUCCAGUAGGACACUUCACAAACCAGCAUCACAAUGAGAUUCAUUCUCACCCCAUUCAGCAUCAACAGCAGCAGCCCGGUCGUUGGUCCUCCGGUCUUUGUGACUGCUUCUCUGACAUCCCUAAUUGUUGCAUCACAUGUUGGUGCCCGUGCAUCACUUUUGGACGGAUCGCUGAGAUUGUAGACAAAGGAACAACAUCCUGUGCUGUAAGCGGAGCAAUUUAUGGCGUACUUUUAUGGUUCACUGGUUGUCCUUGCAUAUACUCGUGUGUAUAUCGAAAUAAAAUGAGGAAGCAGCUGAUGUUCGAGGACAGACCUUGUAAUGAUUGCUUGGUUCAUUUCUGCUGUGAUGCUUGUGCCCUGUGUCAGGAGUACAGAGAGCUCAAACAUCGUGGAUUUGAUAUGACAAUGGGUUGGCAAGAGAAUGUGGAGAGACAAAAUGGUGGAGUGACCAUGAUCGCAGCAGCACCGCCCGUUGAACAAGGCAUGAAACGCUGAAUGAGCCAUGCAUGCUCUGAAUGUUUGUGUGUUAUAUGUGCGGUAGAAGAGAUCAGGAUUUCAGCUCAAAAAGAAGAAGAAUAAAAGAUGUGAUCUAGAUUGUGCCGUUGGCAUCCUUGUAUGUUUUGUGCUGCUAUAUUUCUCUUUUCUUGUAUUUGUUUUUUUUUAUUAUUAUUAAUUGAGAUCACAAAAGCAAUGUUGCUCAAUCUUGUACUAUCAUAAUCUGCUUCAGAAUAUGUUUGGUAUUGAAGUAA